AUGAGCGACAAUCAGUGGCAGAACAUCUCAGAGCAAUUAAAGCGCCGUGCCCGUCAAGCAAGUAACAGUUCUGGCCCUAAGGGUGGACCAAAAUCUCCCUUUGCUAUGUUCACGGGAAUUGGAGGAUUGUUGGCCAUUGGUGGUAUAACCUUAUUGGCACAAAAUGCCCUUUUUAACGUUGAUGGUGGUCAAAGAGCUAUAGUUUACUCCAGAUUGAAUGGUGUUCAGUCAACAAUCUAUAAUGAAGGUACCCAUUUCGUUGUGCCAUGGUUCCAGAAGCCAAUUGUGUAUGACGUGAGAGCCAAACCAAGAAAUGUUGCCUCAUUAACUGGUACUAAGGAUCUUCAAAUGGUUAAUAUUACUUGUAGAGUGUUAUUCAAGCCUAAUGUUUUCCAAUUGCCAACUAUUUACAGAACCCUCGGUACUGAUUAUGACGAGAAGGUGUUACCAUCCAUUGUCAACGAAGUUUUAAAGUCCGUUGUAGCUCAAUUCAAUGCUUCCCAGUUAAUUACUUCAAGAGAAAAGGUGUCCAGAUUGGUCAAGGAGAAUUUGGUCCGUAGAGCUUCCAAAUUCAACAUUGAGUUAGACGAUGUUUCGUUAACUUUCAUGACAUUCUCCCCCGAAUUCAGUGCAGCUGUAGAAGCUAAGCAAAUUGCUCAGCAAGACGCUCAAAGAGCUGCGUUUAUCGUUGACAAAGCGAUCCAGGAAAAGCAACAAUUGGUUGUUAAGGCUUCAGGUGAAGCCAAGUCUGCCGAAUUGAUUGGUGAAGCUAUCAAGAAGUCAAAGGAUUAUGUGGAAUUGAAGAGACUUGACACUGCAAGAGAAAUUGCUGGAAUUUUGGCCAAUUCCCCUAACAGAAUUUUAUUGGACAAUGAUACCUUGUUGUUGAAUACUGUUGUCGACGGAAGAAAGUAG